AAAUUGAUUCGAAAAGUUUUUCAGCUCCUUGAAUGUGGUCAGAUCACCAGGACCAUUACUUAGUGUUCUCUAGUGCACAGUGCGCUUGAAAGCAGUUUUAGAACAUUUGAGUUUGAAUUUUGUGAUUUAUUAUUGAAUAUUUAAAAAUUUCUUGUGAAAUAUAUUUAGUAUUUGAUGUGGUUCCAGUAAACGCACAACGGUGUGACAGCUGUUUGAUGUAGCGUCAAUCAAUAUUUUUCGGGGUCAUACAUUAUUCUAUCGUUUUUGAAUGAAACUACUUAAAACGUUUGUCGUUUGAAGGUUUUGUGAUAUUCAUUUGGCGCAAUCGUUUGGUUAAUGAUUCUAAGAAAUUAAGCUAUUGUAUCCUCAAGAUACAACAUAAAAAGGAUAUUAUAAAGGUGCCCAUUCCUAUUUUACCUAAGCGAAGGAUACUAAAAGAUGUGCAAUUUUUUAAAUGUGUUGUCCAAUAUUGUAAAAAGUGUAAUAACAAAUAGAAACUCUUCUAUGUCGUGUAUGCUACAAGAGACAAUAUUAAACCCGGACAAUACGUUAUCUGAAAUUGUGUGGUGAUGAAAAAUAGAAAACCUGUUACAUAAUCAGAAAUUGACAACGCGUUGUUAGUAUUGAACAAAAACAAAUAUCAAUAUAAACGUAGUGUUUCAUAUGUUAGAUAUUCAAGUGUAAUUCAACUCGUUUCAAAUUACCCAAUUAAUUUGAACCAGAGAGCUGUUUCAAUUCAACUGCAUUCAUGCCACCAGACAGAACAUGAGUUAUAGGAAUAAUUCCUGAUCCGGCACUCUAGCAAUGUUGUGGUUGGUAUCUAUUUAAAAUGCCCUUUAAAAAAAUUCAAAGGAGAGUUAGCGGACCGGGAGCGUAUUGCAACAACUAUUUACAAAACAGCCAGGAAAACUCGGAGUUUCUACAACUAUAUCAAAAUCAGCUACACCAGUCUUCAGUGAACGUUGGAUAUGGUAACAUAGUUUUUGCUAGUAACCCUAGCGGUCAGCACGAUAUAGCCAAAGUUAGCUCAGCAACAACAACACUAGCAGAUGAACCGGCACCAAGAUCAAACGAACCAAAUAGCAAUUACAAUAAUUUAGACAAAGCGUCUUCAGUUCCAGACGAGAAUAAUUUAAAUUUUAAUCUCGUGAAAAAUAGUGCAAAAUCACUAUCAACCAACAACUGCAGUGGUGUUCAAAAAUAUGUUGUCGCAAGUGGAACAAGUAGUAGUAGCGCCGGCAAUGGAGGAAGUGAUUAUCACUUGAAGUAUUAUAAGAGUGAUAAUAGCAACAAUUUAAAUACUGCUGUAACAAAUAAUGUAAAAGAAACCCAGUAUUUGUUAAGUGAAUCUAAUGAAAAUUCAAACAACGGCUUAAGAAACUCACCUCUUCUCCAUGGAUGCAAGAACGUGCAACAAGCACAUUCGGUAACCAAUGCCAACAAGCCUUCUUUGAAUAAAAACGCAUUGUUAAGCUCGUGCCAGGGAUCAUUCCAUUCUCUACAGAGUGGACUAGGUUUAGAAAAUACUACAUCUGUACUACAAUAUGGUAGUAGCAUAUCAUCAACAAAUUCUUCAAACGCAACGGCGGUAACUAGUUCACAGCAGCAAUCAAGCAAUUUACCACAUUUUCAUCAACAUCAACGUUCACAGCAUCAUCAAGGAUAUUCAAUAACUCCAGCUGAAUCUCUGAAUGGUAGUGGCACAUUAGUUUUUAGUAGAUCAAGAAUAAACAGCAACAGUGAUUCAUAUAACAGUAAGAAUAACAACUUAAACAAAAAUAAUUACGAAAAGAAAUGCUCGAGUUCUGGUGCUAAUAUAAAUACACAUAGUAAUAACCGUAACAAAAGCAAUAAUAAUAGUAACGCAAUAAACAUUAGUAGUAGUAGUAGCAGUAAUCAUCAAAGUGAUACCAAUCAAUUGAAGAGUAUUAUAGAACUGAACACACAUGUUAGUGAAUUGAACAGUAAAAAUAUUGAGUUUAACAGACAACUAAGUGCGCCUACGGAAAACAACAAUAAUCAAAAUAAUCCUAAUUGCUAUAGUAACAGUGUUUACAAUUUGUACUCGAAUCACAUUUUAAGUCAGUAUUACACUGGUUCUCCGAACACAAAUAGUUUAAACAGGACAAAGAAAAAAAGGAGCUUCAAACUAAAUGGAAGAUUAUUUAACGCUGCCAGCACGGAUUCCAUACGGUUUCACUCGAAUCUGUUAAACCAAAAUGAAAACGAUUUAAGAGUAUCGAUUGACAACACCUGUACCGAUUCAUUAGUGACGGCAUUGGACGAUGAAGCGCUAUUGAUUAACGAUUACAUAAACGAUAUGGCAAAAUCAAAGGUAUAGUGUAAUUUUGUUAGA